AUGCCAGACGACUUCAACGGCGACAAGUCUGCCAGCAAGGCCGAAGAUUGGAAGCUGAUGCCCGAAGUGAACAUGGCCAACCAGCAAACGGAAAAGGGUAAACGGCUCGGCAUUACUUGGCACGAACUGACUGUCAAGGGCACUGGAACGGACGCAGCAUUUCACGAGAAUGUCGGCAGCCAGGUCAAUAUUCCCGCCCGUGUCAAAGAAACUCGGGAAAAGCCGCUGCUGAAGACCAUCAUCGACAACAGUCAUGGAUGUGUCAAGCCGGGGGAGAUGCUCCUGGUACUCGGGCGACCAGGAGCAGGGUGCACUUCCCUACUCAAGAUACUAGCCAACCGCAGAUUGGGAUACGCCCAAGUGACUGGCGAGGUCAGAUAUGGAUCCAUGACUGCCGACGAAGCAAAGCCAUACAGGGGGCAGAUUGUCAUGAACACCGAGGAGGAACUGUUUUUCCCUACCCUAACAGUGCAACAAACCAUCGACUUUGCAACCCGGAUGAAGGUACCGCACCAUCUACCGCCCAAUCUCACCAGGGCGGAGUUUCAACGGAUGAAUCGUAACUCCCUUCUGCACUCCAUGGGCAUCGAACACACCCGCGAUACCAGAGUUGGGAACGAAUUUGUUCGCGGUGUCUCGGGAGGCGAGCGGAAGCGUGUCUCCAUCAUCGAGACCAUGGCGACAAGAGCAUCUGUGCUCUGCUGGGACAACUCUACCAGAGGCCUCGAUGCCUCAACAGCCCUGGGGUACAUACGAUGUAUGAGGGCAAUGACGGACGCCCUCGGCUUGAGCUCCAUCAUGACACUGUACCAAGCGGGCAACGGCAUUUUUGACCUCUUCGACAAGGUUCUAAUCCUAGAUGAAGGGAAACAGGUCUUCUACGGCCCAAUGCAUCGAGCAAAGCCUUUUAUGGAGGAGCUGGGCUUCCUCUACACCGAUGGAGCCAAUAUCGCCGAUUACUUGACCGGCGUUACUGUGCCGACCGAGCGACGGAUCAGACCCGACAUGGAGAAUCGGCAUCCUCGCAAUGCCGAAGAACUUCGCGCAUUUUACGAAGCGACUCAAAUCAAGCUUACAAUGGCCUUGGAAUAUGACUAUCCAAACUCAGUAGAGGCUGCCGAGGCAACGAAAGACUUUCAGGAAGCCGUCCACUUCGAAAGAAACCCUCGUCUUCCCAAGGGUUCGCCGCUCACUGUCAGCUUCUAUACACAAGUCAAAUCCGCCGUGGUCAGGCAGUACCAGCUACUGUGGGGCGACAAAGUCGUCUUUCUCAUCCCUCAAGGCUUGAACUUUGUUCAAGCUCUCAUCACCGGUUCAUUAUUCUACGAUGCCCCCGACAACUCCUCGGGACUGUUCUUCAAAGGCGGCUCUCUCUUCUUCGCCAUCUUGUUAAACUCGCUGCUCUCUAUGAGCGAGGUGACCAGCUCCUUUGCCGCACGCCCCGUGUUAGCCAAGCAUCGAGGCUUCGCUCUCUACCAUCCUGCCGCCUUUUGCGUCGCUCAGAUCGCUGCCGACAUACCACUGAUCCUCAUGCAAGUCACGCUGUUCGCCCUGCCGGUCUACUGGAUGACCGGUCUCAAGGCUACAGGUGAAGCCUUCAUGAUAUAUUGGAUCACAACCGUCUCCGUAUCCAUGUGUAUGACGGCCUUGUUUCGCGCCAUCGGGGCCGCCUUCUCGAGCUUUGAUGCGGCCUCCAAACUGUCGGGGAUCCUCAUGUCGACACUCAUCAUGUAUACAGGCUUUUUGAUUCCGAGGCCCAGCAUGCGUCCGUGGCUAGCCUGGAUCUUCUGGAUUAAUCCGUUGGCCUACGGCUACGAGGCGAUCCUCAGCAACGAGUUUCACGGGCAGCUGAUCCCUUGUGUCCGCCAAAAUUUGGUUCCCAACGGCCCUGGCUACAGCAACCCGGACUUCCAAGCGUGCACCGGAAUUCGCGGCGCCCCCGUGGGUGCCUCUGUCAUCACGGGUGAUCAGUACCUGCAAGGGCUGUCCUAUAGCCAUACCCACGUCUGGCGUAACUUUGGCAUCGUGUGGGCGUGGUGGGUCUUGUUCGUCGUUCUGACGGUCUACUUUACAAGCAAUUGGAGCCAAGUGUCUGGAAACAGUGGCUACUUGGUCAUUCCUCGCGAAAGGGCCACGAAGACGGAGCAUCUCACCGUGGACGAAGAAGCGCCAUCUGGACUGGACCUUCACGAGUCAACCCUUCGAGGUGGAGCUUGUUCCGUCGACGAGAAGAAGCGAAGUACGACGAAGAGUUCCCCCCAAAUCGAUGCUCAGCUAAUACGCAACACAUCCAUCUUCACGUGGAAGGGUCUCUCCUACACCGUGAAAACAUCAUCGGGCGAUCGUGUCCUCCUCGAUAAUGUGCAGGGCUGGGUCAAGCCCGGCAUGCUGGGCGCUUUGAUGGGUUCCUCAGGGGCAGGCAAAACAACCCUGUUGGAUGUGCUUGCCCAGCGCAAGACCGAAGGCACAAUCAAGGGCAGCAUCUUGGUGGAUGGGAGAGACCUCCCCGUCUCGUUCCAGCACUCUGCAGGGUAUUGCGAGCAGCUCGAUGUCCACGAGCCACUUGCCACCGUCCGAGAGGCGUUGGAGUUUUCGGCUUUGUUAAGACAGAGCCGAGACACGCCAUUCGAGGAAAAGUUGCAAUACGUCGACACGAUUAUCGAUCUACUCGAAAUGCACGACAUUGAAAACACUCUUGUGGGCACAACCACGGCUGGCCUCUCCGUGGAGCAACGCAAGCGUCUCACGAUUGGUGUCGAGCUUGUAUCAAAGCCCAGUAUCUUAAUUUUCCUCGAUGAACCCACGAGUGGAUUGGAUGGUCAGGCUGCGUUCAACAUUAUUCGGUUCCUUCGAAAAUUGACAGACGUCGGACAGGCUGUCCUUGUCACUAUUCAUCAGCCCUCAGCUUCUCUGUUUGCUCAGUUCGAUACAUUACUUCUAUUGGCCAAGGGCGGCAAAACUGUGUACUUUGGUGAUGUCGGCCAUAACGGAGCCACUGUCAAGGCGUAUUUCGGUCGUCAUGGCGCUCCUUGCCCUCAGAACACCAACCCGGCUGAGCACAUGAUUGACGUCGUCUCCGGAAGUCUAACUGAAGGGAAGGAUUGGAAUGAAGUUUGGCUCGCCAGCCCGGAAUAUACGGCCAUGACCCAGGAGCUCAAUCACAUAAUCAGGGACGCCGCGUCGAAACCACCCGGGACGCUCGAUGAUGGCCACGAAUUCGCCGCGCCUAUCUGGACGCAACUUAAGCUCGUCACGAAGCGGAACAACACUUCGCUCUGGCGUAACACAGAUUACAUCAACAACAAAUUCACGCUUCAUAUCAUUUCGGGGCUCUUGAAUGGCUUCUCUUUCUGGAGAAUCGGCAACUCGGUCGCUGAUCUGCAGAUGCGCCUCUUCACCAUCUUCAACUUUAUCUUCGUCGCGCCGGGUGUUAUCGCCCAGCUACAGCCCCUCUUCCUAGAGCGGCGCGAUAUCUACGAGGCUCGCGAGAAGAAGAGUAAAAUGUACCACUGGUCUGCGUUCGCCACGGGCCUGAUCGUGUCGGAGCUUCCUUACCUCGUCCUCUGCGCAGUCCUAUACUACGUGACGUGGUACUAUACUGUCGGCUUUCCUAGUGGCAGCGACAAAGCCGGCGCCGUCUUCUUCGUCAUGCUCAUGUACGAGUUCAUCUACACGGGCAUCGGCCAAGCGGUCGCGGCCUAUGCGCCCAACGCGGUCUUUGCUAUUCUGGUGAAUCCACUGGUGAUCGGCAUCUUGGUGUUCUUCUGUGGUGUCUACGUUCCUUAUUCGCAGAUCCAAGAAGUCUGGCGCUACUGGCUCUACUACCUGAACCCGUUCAACUACCUCAUGGGCUCCAUGCUGGUCUUCACAACGUUCGACGAGCCCGUCCACUGUGGAAGGGAAGAACUCGCCAUAUUCGAUACACCAGACGGCCAGACAUGUGCAGAGUAUCUCGCCGAUUACAUGCAGGGUCCUGGAUCGCGAACCAACCUACUCAACCCAGACGAUACGCAAGACUGCAGUGUCUGUCAAUACCAGACAGGAAGCGACUAUCUCUACACCAUGAAUUUGAAGGACUAUUAUUACGAGAUGGCCUCUUCUUCUUUCGACACGUCUGUCGCUGCCUUCUCUUGCACCGAAUGCAAAAACCGCAAGGUGAAAUGUGACCGCGCCCAGCCCUUUUGCGCUCGAUGCAUCCGCGACAAUGCGACGUGCGAGUACCCCACCGCGCGAAGGAAGCCGCUCAACAUGCCGUCGCGGCCUAUGAUGAUGGAGCUCGAGCAGCGCGUGCACGAGCUGGAAGGCAAGCUCAGGGAGAAAGAUGCCGCCGAGAGCGUCUCGACGAGGACGUUUGGGAACACCCCGGGGAUGGCGCUGGUUGGCACAGGGCGAUAUGAGCAGCUGCCCCCUCAAUCGCUGAUCGAGGAACUCAGCAUCAUCAGUCUGGCACACUGCCAGGCCUGGCUGCUCCUGUCUGCAUUCGAGGCCCAGAACCUCUGGUUUACGCGCGCCUCCAUCAGCUGUGCAAGAGCUGUCCGCCUGUCGCAGAUUCUGGGGUUGCAGGCUGUGGACGGCGUGGCACUGAACCAGACGCUAUUGCCACCUCGAGAUUGGUGCGAGAGGGAAGAGAGGAGACGGACAAUAUGGACCAUGUUCGCCUUGGACCGGGGAAACAGUGCUACGGCGACUUGGCCAGUUCUUAUUGAUGUUGACCGGAUCAGGACUCAUUUGCCCAGCACAGAGCUGUCUUACCAGAACAGCUUGGAGGAACCGUCCGUCCCGCUGUCGCACGCACUCACUUACGGCCUGGGGGGGCUCUCUGCAUUUGCCUGUCGGGUGGUGGCCAGCCAUCUGUUCCACGACUGCAUCGACUUGGGCAGCAAGCCAAUGUCAGAGGGCCUACCCGACGAGAUCAAGGUGGCGCUCUUCUGGGGAAGCUUCAACCAUCUGGACAGCAGUCUGGCGACGGCAUUCAGCACGCUGCCUGCUCACCUCAGCUGUCCCGAGAACACGCACGACAACAACGCUGUCACUAUCAGCCUCCAGCUUUGUGCAGCCAUGAUCAGUCUGUACCGGGGGACCCUGGGGAAACCACGAAACGAGACGACGCCACUAUACGACUUCAACGAGAAGACCCUCGCGCCAGCGCAGACGAUUGUGACCACGGUCGCGCUGGCCGUCGACGUCAACGCACGCUUCCGAUCGCCGCUGGUCGCUUUUGCUGCUUUCCUGGCGGGCUUCGUGUAUCUGAAGCACUACCUCGAGACCAAAGACACGACAAGCCUGCACAAGCUCCUGGCGCUGCUGGACGUGAUGAUUGCGGUAGGCCAAGAGAGCCCCGGAUUCCCAGGGUCUUUGGCUGUGCAGAUGGCUAGGGAGCUCGAGUCCCUUGGGAUUGACCCAAUGGCCAUGGAGAAGGUCAGGGUGCUGACGGAGCGGAUGGGCGAUGAUGCACCCAUGCUGGGCAAGGAAGUCGGAGGCACCCUUACAUGGCUAGGCCAAAAUAUUGCCUAG